GUAACAUCGCUAGUGCCCUGCCUCCUGAACCUUAUAUAGGACGUUAAUGGUACUAUUACCUUCAGCCCUACGUCGCAUCCACAACAUCCACAAUAGCAUGAGAGCAUAAUUCGACGACAUUCGUGUCUAACUACUCCGCGGUCACAAUCCCCAUGAUGAACGUCAAUGACCUCCCUCCCGAAAACGACGCCGGUCCCAUUCUGAUGUGGGUAUCCGGCGUCCUGAUGACCUUCAUCAUCAUCAUUACCGCUCUCCGCAUCUUCGUCCGAAUGAAGAAUCGUAUCGUCGGAUGGGACGACGCUACGAUCCUCGUAGCCGCCGCCCUCGCCGCCAUAAGCCUCGGUUUUCAAAAUCGAGCAACCCAAACGAUCAGUAAAUACGGCUGGGCAGCGCAGAUUCUUCUCUUUUCUGCAGUUGCCUUCCUGGAAGUCUCAAUUUGUCUUUUGAUAUUGAGGAUCAAAGAUACGAGGGCGUUGAGGAUGGUGGUUUGCAAAGUUAUGGCGGGAGUAUUGAUAACGGAUUUCGGAUGGGUGAUUAUUUUGUUGGCGGAAAUGCAUCCGAGGGGGUCAUCAGCAGCGUGCUGGCCGAAUAAGAUACGGAUUUCUUCUAUUUAUGCUACGAUUGCGGCAUAUCCUGUCGUGACUGAUCUGGUUCUCUCCCUCGUUCCCCUGUUUGUUGUUUGGAAAGUCAAGAUUCCACUACGGACUAAAAUAUGUAGUCACAUCGAACUCUUCCUCGGCAUCAUAGCCGCCAACCUUACCCUCUCACGCGCCGUCUACCUCUUCUUUUUCGCACCCAAUCACAACCGUCCGAUCAGCUCGCAAUACACGCCGAACUCAGAAGCCCUUUCGCCUCGGUUCUCGUGUAGUAGGUUGAGGGGAGAUUAUGUGAGCAGGACGAAUACGAUUGUGGAGUAUAAUGGGAAGCGGGAGAGGACGAUGACGAAUCGGAGUAGCAAUAGUGAGAUUGAACUUGUGCCGGGGAUUCAGAAGAAGACGGAGUUCUGCGUUAGUGAGGGCGAGGGAGACAAGGGGAGUGAGAAGGUUUGA